GCUGGUGUACGCGGCGUCGACGCCGAAGUCGUGUGAAGUCGUGUCACAGUGCGGUAGUGCGACACACAUUACGAGCGUCGAGCGCGCAGCUGACAGUCCGACAUCCGCCGGCCGCUCGCCACGCUGCUGACUGCCGCCUGCUGUCUGCUGUCUGCUGACUGCUGUCUACUGUCUGCUGACUGCUGUCUACUGUCUGCUGACUACUGUCACGCACCCACGUCAGUCGUCGACGACGUGCUCGCUGCUGCCGAGUGUCCGCCGCAUCAAGAAAUGCCACUAGACGAUGACGCAGGUGAGGCGGGAGUGGCGGCGUGGGUGCGGCGCUGGUGGCGCGCGCUGCUGGCCGAGCUGCUCGCGACCAUGCUGCUCGUCUUCCUCGGGGUCGCCUCCGUCAUACCGGUGAAGCCAGACCAGGACAUCCCGCUCACCAACCCCGCGCUGGCGUUCGGACUGGUCAUCAUCAUGAACAUUCAGGCGUUCGGCGCAACGUCGGGUGCGCACAUGAACCCGGCGGUGACGGUGGCGGCGGUGGCGGCGGGGCGGCUGCGCGCGGCGGCGGCGGCGGGGUACGUGCUGGCGCAGGUGGCGGGCGCGCUGCUCGGGUUCGGUGCUCUGGUGGCGCUGCUGCCGGCGCACGCGCUGCGGAACAACGCGGGCUGCACGUGGCCCGCGCACGUGUCGCCGGCCGCCGCGCUCUGCGUGGAGGCCGCCAUGACGGGGCUGCUGGCGCUGCUCUGCUGCGGGCUGUGGACGCAGCACGACCCCGCGCGCCCCGACCACACCGCGCCGCUCAAGUUCGGACUCGGCGUCGCCGGACUCGUCUACGCCGGGGGCGAGAUGACCGGGACCAGCCUAAAUCCGGCCAGGAGCUUGGCACCGGCCAUAUUCCACAACUUCUGGGAGCAUCAUUGGGUGUACUGGCUGGGUCCGCUGGGCGGGUCGGCGGCGGCGACGCUGCUGCACCGCCACGUGCUGUGCGCGGCGCGCGGCGUCGCUCGCGACGAGGCGCUGCCGCUCAGAGACAAGCCCGCCGCCUGACGCG